UUCCAGGGAUAGGCAAAGAAGCAGAGGAUGUCCUUCGACGAUCAAGAGCUCCUAAAGUACCUCAAAGGAUACGAUGGCGGUCACAUUCUGCCGUCGUGGGGAGCGAUUGAUCCAGAUUGCAAUCCUUACCAUUUCGGGCCCGAUCGACUGCAUGCUGGGAGCGCGCGUGGCAGCUCAGGUGUAUCUUAUUACUACGUUGAGUGCGCCGAGAACCCCAGGACCGACGAGCGAAAAGUCGCCGAUCAUAGUGGCUGCUGGCAGCGCUCCGGCGGAGAAAUAGCGGAUAGACAUGGGAGCAAUGCUGUUAUGUACAAGCAGAAGUUCAAGUUUGUUCCACGAGAUAAUGGCCCCAGGACUUGGGUCAUGACUGAGUACACCCUUCAUCCCAAUAAGAGCGGCAAAAAUAAGAAGGCCAUCUGCGCAAUCCAAGAGGAGGGAAGCUCCAGGCAGUAGACCGGUCUGACCACAUUGCUAGUUAUAAAGCUUUCUAUCGAUAUCUUGCUGUCGAUGUCCUCCACUUAUGUUACUUAUGCUGUUCUUGUUUAACAUGUCAUGCAAAACAGCCAAAACUUUGGGGUUCGGUCCUUGGAUCUGGUCCAAGAUGUGGUUUAAAUUUAUCCCUUUUUUUUGUCUGUGGCCAUGUAUGCCCUGUGAUUCCGUAAUAAUUAAUAUGUUUGCAGUUCUAUCUUCUUUCAUGCGGCAGCCAUUGUCUUGUAUACUUAAUUUCAACGAUAUUUAGCCCUACUGCUCGAUC